UUUCGAACGCUACAUAAAAACUACUUUUGCCUUUUAUAACCUUUCACUCAACUUGGCAAAGAAGUCUGCACGCAAACGACUUUCACGUCGUUGCCAAAUUUAAAUCUAAGAAAGACCGCGAAGAAAGAAAGCUUUUUACUUUUGCGCACUGUAAAGAAAAUAUUCGAAAAUAAAAAUGAAAAUAUUACCUUUCUAAAUCAUAAAAUCGUAACGCACGCUACAGCGUUCCAUCAUCCAUGUAACCCAGACUACAACUUCAAAUUAUGAAUUAUAACGUCCACUUUGAGAUCGUCUGAUUUUUCCUCUUCAGUUUUUCGAUCUCGAGUUUUUAUAUUUUUCACUUCAGAUCAAAAUGAGCUUCUCAAAUAAGCAGAACUUAAAACGUGGCGGUUAUUAAUUUGAUUCGUGUGAUAUGACUAUAAAAUGAUAUGUUAAAUAAAUUUCUGCCAAAUUCCAAGAUGUCCAAAGGAUAUCUAUACCAGCUCAGAUCAAAAAAGAAGCAAAUCAAUCCAACUCCAAGCAAUGUCACUGUUGUUUUAUGGAUCGUGACAUCACUCCUGUUGUCUCAAGUAGAGGGUAGCAAAGGUAAAGAUGGCAUGAAAAAGAUGUUGCAUCACAUGAUGAUGUCAGCGAUGUCUUCGGGUGCAAAGAAGUACAUGUUGGGUGUCAAAGGUCUCCUACUCCCUAUACCUAUACCUAUGAAAGUAUCAUUACCUUCACUACCCACUAUAAGCUUCAUGAAAGGGGACGACAAAGGAGGAGAUGAAGAGGAGAAAGUCAAAUACGUCCCCGUCCCAGUGCCGUAA